UUUUUUUUUUUUUUCCUUCCCUUCCCAGGAGCUGCGCAGGGAAAAGCGGCUCUGGGAGCGCUCAGCCCUCGCUCUCCCUCCCUCCCUCGCUCCCUGCCAAGCCUGGGAUCCGCCCGGAUCCCCGAGCCGGGCUCCUUAUCCCAUCUCCCGCUGGAAAAACGCGGCUGCUGCCGGAGAUGUGUGUAUGUAAAACCCUCCUCGCUGCAGCCCUGUGCGCCCUGGCUCUGCUGCCCGAGCCGGGCUGUGCCAGGAGCCUCUGGAAACGCGCCCUGCUGAAAAUGACCGAGAAAUACGACGAUUAUGAGUACCCUCUUCAUUCUCACAGCUCCCACCACCAGAAGAGCGACCGGUGCCCGCCGCCGCCACAGAGCCUGCCGGAGCGCGCCUGCGAGGUGCCCAGCUGCCGCUCCGACGCCGAGUGCCAGCGCCACAAGCGCUGCUGCUACAACGGCUGCAUCUACGCCUGCCUCGAGUCCGUGCAGCCCCCGCCAGUCCUGGACUGGCUGGUUCAGCCCAAACCCCGCUGGCUGGGAGGCAACGGGUGGCUUUUGGACGGCCCAGAGGAAGUCUUACAAGCUGAAGCCUGCAGCACCACGGAGGACGGGGACGAGCCCCUGCACUGCCCCACGGGCUACGAGUGCCACAUCAUCAACCCGGGCAACACGGCCGAGGGCAUCCCCAACAGGGGCCAGUGCAUCAAGCUGCGGGGAAACCCAGAUGGACACAGCCUGAGGCACAAGUAUUACAAGGAAUACUUUGGCAGCAAUUCCAACAAUUUGGUCGGCUAUGUGAAAAGCCAGCAGAAGCAUUUGGGCUAAUUGAAGGUGUUCCUGGCUGGACCACUCUGUCAAGGAAUGCUUUACCCAGCAGCUUUCUGGUCCCAGAUCUCCACAAGCACAUCUCCAGCAUCCCCCUGAUCCCUGCCCAUCACUGACAAAAAAAAUUCCAUUAUCCAAGGAGCAGGAUGAGUCCAGAUUUUAACCCCACCGGGAAGGGGAGAAAUGUGAUCCCCUGGAGGAAACCACACUGCUUUAUCAGCUGCCCUUCUACAAAUGAAAUGCAAACACCUCAAGGGAUCCCUGUAAGCCACAGUGCCAUGAUCAGGCUGCUGACACAGAGCCUGCCCUUUAUGUGCUUGUUGUGUGUCCAAUUCAGAUUUCAGGCCUGUGAACACAACCCAGUGACAUCAGAAUUUUACUAAAUAUCAUAUCUAAGUUGCUUUAAAAUAGGUGAGACUAAAGAGGUUUUCUGGAUCAAAUCCAGUGCCUGCCUGUCUUGAACAACUCCUUUAAAGAAGCCUUUUCACCAGCCUAAAUUCAAAGAAACCUGCAAGUUUCUUCUUUUCCUAUUUAUAUCCAGAUAAAAAACCAGGUUUGACACCCACUCUAAAUGGCUAAACCUAAAGUCUUAAGAAUUUGAGGAAGUUUAAGCUAGGAGAAAAAAACAGCUUUAUAAAUGUUUUUAGGUUACUUUCCUCUUCUCAGUGUGGUGAGCUGCAGAUUGAGAGUUAAUAGUGGAACAGAUUCCUUCCUACAACAUCCAGGCAGACACACAAAUGCUUGCCAAGCUUUGUAACGUGCUGGUUUUAGCCAGCACUGUUAAUACUCACAAAAUCUGUGGUUUUGUACCUGCAAGAUCUCAGCAGGAGGCCUGAAGUCUGGAUAAUUUGUUAAAUGUGUUAGAAAGGCAAACCCAGGAUAAAUUUGUGUGAUGAAAAGGAUUGCCUGGCAGAUGGGCCACUGCUCCUCAGGAGUCCUGGACCUUUGCGUGGACUUCCAUAAAUCCUUAAGGUCUGGAAAUUUGUAUUUGGGCCUUACAGCUUCUUUUAGCUGUUUAGCAUUAUACAAUGAAAAACACAUUUUCUCUUAGGGUUUUCCUUUCCUGUGGCAGUCCUGAAGGGGCAGUUGUGCAUUUAUUGUGACAAACCAGGCAGAACUGUUUGGCAGAAAAGCCACGUCUGCUCCGUGGUUUAGUCCACGUCCCCAUCUGCAUGCAUGAAAUUAGCAUUUUAAUUUGCACAGUAGUAGCACUGCAUAUAAAUACCCAAUUCACAAAUGCAAAUGCCUGCUUCCACUCACAAAAUACAGGAUUUUUUUUUCCACUCACUCAAUGGUUUAAGCCAAAUCCAAGACACCUACAAAACUCUUGACACUUUGCACAUGACAUUUGCAGCUGGAGAGAUGGGAGGUGCCAAACUGCUCCUCUGUUUCCUAUUCUAAACACAGUCCUGGGUGCUUCACAAAGCAGCUGAAGGGCUCCACAUUUUCCUAAAUAUCUUCAUUUGAACUCACUUUUUUUCAGAGUGUGAGAUAUUAAAUGCAGCACCAUGUUUGGACAGAGCUAUUUCUAAAAUUUUAUGUUUUACAGCUUCCUGCAGUGACAUUUUAAUUCCUGCUCGGACACAGGAGCCACAGAACCAGGGAAUUUUGGAAUGGUUUGGGUUGGAAGGGAGCUUAAAGCUCAUCACCUUCCACUAGACUGGGUUGUCCAGGCUCCAAUCCAUAUUUUGUUGUUCCAAUCUGUGUUUAGACCAGAAACUCCCCACUUAUCCUACUGCAGCCUCACUCCUGGGUGCUGCUCAGUGAAAUGGAUUCAUUUUGUUCUGCAUUAUUUUCUGCAGAAAAAAAUCAAAUUCUGAUUAAAGGAGCAAAGCCCUCCAGUGAUCACUGCUAAGCCCCAAAGAGUAAAUGCCAAAAUAUUCUAUUUUAAUCUAAAAAAUUCCUAAACCCUUGUGAGGAUCUAGUUGAAAAACUAGUGUUGAGCAUUCACAAAUUUGAAAGAUUAAAACUUCAAAUCUCAACCGAAUCUGUGAAAGCAGCUCAAAAUAUGCUUGAGUGGACACAUUCCCUUCAGUGUCUGUUUUCUUUGUGGCUGCAGAAGCUCGUACCUGAAGCCCCUGGGUGGGACAGUAGAGGUAUUUUUUGCUUGCAAAAGUAAUUUUUAAAAGAAGAAAAUUGACAAAUUGAUAAUUCAAUGGCAAAUUUCUGUUUACUGGGUGUUAUCAAAGCCAUCACCCUUCUUUGUGGUGCUAUAAUGCUCAGGGUUUUGGGGUUUUUUUUCCAAGUUAAUUCAAAUUAUUAAUUGUCAAACUCAGAACCAAAAGCCACAGGAGGGACAAGUGCUGUGUUUCCAGCAGUGAAAUGCUGAAAUGUGAAACUCAGAUGCUGAAAUGGAAGCACAGAGCAGCUGAGUUGUCCUCAGCUGCUCUUCUCUCCAAAGACAGGUGCUUCAUCAGCAGCCUGGGGCAGCACAGCAGGAAAUACCUGGUGUAGGUUUUUUUUGCAUUUCCAUGAACACUUUGCAGCAUUCUUGGUGCUAUGAUGACCUUUCUGUGUGUCACUGCUGUGUCACUGAGUGCUGGCAAUGCCCACAGCCUCCCGCUGCCCCCAGGACCUGUGCAGCCCCUCCCUGGUUUGUGCCCCCGGUGCUCAGACGUGUCCAGGUUCUGCUUUGGUGCUCAAUAAAAAGUGACCACUCUAUUUUUCAA